AUGGCCACAUCCCUCUACCUCAGCGUCUUUUCCUUCGACCUCGCACAGCUGGUGCACUCGCAGAACGAACACAAGUUUCGGAUUGAUACGGUUUGUAGCUACUACUAUCCAUACUUCAGGCGACAGCGGAUUCGCUCACGAAGAGACUGUGAUUAAGGCUGUCGCAAAUUCCCCACUUUGUUUUUGAGAGGCAUUGUUUGAUUCAUUCAUCCUAAAACCGUUUUGGUGCUAAAGGGGUAAAAAAAAGUGGUUCCAGGAUGCUUGUUUUCAAUGGAAGGUUUUUUUGAUUUAUGGAAGGUCUAAUGUGGAAGAAACGGUUGCCGAUUUGAAAAAGGGCGCUGCUAUCACACAGAAGAGACGAAAAAGGCAUAUUUGGCAACACUGGAGAAUCC